AUCAAAGAGUUGAGAAAGUUUUUAACACGAGCGAUGGCAUGAAACCAUGUACGACGGGAGUGUGGAUGUCUGUGUCGCGUGAUUCAAAUGGUGACGGAAGCACGAUUUUACUCGACACAGAAGGAACUAACUUAGGCGACAACGAAAACACAGACUUGCUCAGCAUCUUCACCAUGAUGAUGUCUUCCGGUUUGGCUCUCUUUGCAAGGGAAGCAGUACAAAAUCAUAAAGUACAGUUUCUGUACCGUGUUUCACGCUUGAGCGAACAGAUUUGGAAAGAUGAUGCAGAGAGCAGGCGGGCAUUUCCACAACUACUGGUGAUCAUAAGAAAUGCCCUUGCACCAUCCCCAGGUAAGACUUUGCAGAGUCAAACUCAAGAUUCUAUACUUGAUGGAAAUUACGGAGAAACCAUUGCAAAGCACUUUCCUCGAAUUAACAUUAAAGUUCGAGACAUUCCCUUCGUGGAUUCGAAACGAUUGCGUGACUUAGAACAGUUUACUCGUGACGAUUACGCAAAUGUCGCAACCUCUCUCGCCUCUGAUUUAAGAAGUUUUCCUUUAAAAAAGACAGUACAUGGAGCAAACAUAGAUGGAACAACGAUCGCUUCUCUUGCAAAGAGGCUUGAGAUUGCUCUCAAUCAAAAUUCAAGGAGUGGAUUUUCAAAUACGUACACCGCUCUCGAAACGGAGUUGUGUGAUCGUUUUUACCAAAACAUAAUUGAACCUUUUCUGAGAAAUAACUUGAAUCACAUGAGGAAUGGGAGACAGCAAAUUAUCGAUGAGUUCACCGAAAACUGUGCUCUGGGAACGGAAAGAACGAAAAUCAGAGAUAAAGUGGAUGAAGUUAUUGCCCAAAAAGAAGAAAUGGCAGAAAGAGAGAGACGCCUUGAUACAGAACGGAGGAGAAAAGAAGAAGCGGAGAAAAUGGAAAAGGAAAGGGAGGAACAACGCCGCAGAGAAGCUCGCGAGAAAGAAAAGAGAUUAGAGGAAGAGAGACGAGCGGCAGCGAAAGCAGAGGAAGAACAAAGAAUCCAAGAAGAAAACUUGCGCACAGCUGAAGAAGACAGGAUAAGGUUGGAAGAAGAAGCUGCAGCUCGAAGAGCGAAAAAGAGAGAGAAAAGUGACAUAGCAAAAGCUAUUAUUGGGGGUGUGCUCCUGUUUGGAAUUUGCGACUCUCGACUGAAAGAAAACAUCACAGUCGUGCCGCAUUCAGAUUACGAGCAGAUCGGUGUUCGUAGCUACAACUGGGUAUGGUCCAAAGAUGCCGUAGAACUUGGCAUGAGUGGAACAGGGCGUGGAGUCAUCGCUCAAGAAGUGGAAGAACUGUAUCCGUGGACCGUGGUUAUGGGUGACGAUGGGUACAAGAGCGUGGACUACGAAGCCUUGAAACAAAUGGUAAUGGAGAACAAAACUGAUUACUGUUUUAUCACGCAACGUUAUGGAACCAAUCGAAAUCAGAAGUCUUAUGAGUAACAAGACAUUUAUAUUUUUUCGGUAUAAAACGCACAACACAGCGUAUUAGAGACUUCCAAAGUAAUUUUAUACUUAAAUAACAUUUUGGUGAGAGUAUGCAACCUGAUAAUUCGUUUCUGUAACUUGAUAAAUCCAUGUAAUCUGUUUUUUUUUUGAAGUGAUAAACAAUAGACAUGUACUGAAGGAGAAACAAAACACUUUUUUGGACUUUUUUGGGGUUUCCUGAUUAGCAAACUUAUUGAUCACCAUAAAAAUAGAUAAAAUUUGGAACUGUCACUGUGGAUUCUUUGGUCAGUAAUUAAGAAAAAAGUUUGGUGUUUCAUCUUCUUUCCUGAUCAUAAACAACAGAAAUGAACGAACAAAGUAAAUAAAAAUCGUUUAGUACAUAGCUCGCAAAG